AUGAAGGCUGGAUUUAACUUCUAUCAAUUAUGUAUCCUGAUUUUCAUAUUAAUUUCAAAAAAUAUUCUUGAUAUUCAGAAAUGUUGUGCCGUUCCCAUAGUUGGUGGUCGCCUUGUUUUGAGUGAGGGUAGUACCGUUAAGUACCCCUAUAUGGUAUCAUUGCAAGAUUUGUUUAACGGAUAUAGAAACCAUGGGAACACCAGUCAAAGACGAAUUUCUCAGCAUUUUUGUGGUGGAAGUCUGAUUAGUGAACGUUGGAUACUAAGUGCUGCUCAUUGCAUAUGGAGAAAAAAUAUUAAACAGGUUGUGGCUUUUAUUGGAUAUGAGAGCAUUGAAAAUGUGAAUUACCUUGAACCCUAUGGUGUAGAAAGAGCUGAGUAUAUUUAUUUUCAUCCUGCCAACUAUCGCAAUGAUAUUGCUUUACUCUACCUGAAUCGUCGUUUUAAAAGUCAACUGAGCAGGGAUUUACAGUUCGCUCAACUUCCUCCACAAAACAUGAAACCCAACAACAAUGAAUCGUGUCGCAUUAUUGGCUAUGGAGCUACCAGGCAUGCGGGGCCUUCCCAGAAGCAACUCUUUGAGGCAGAUGUGCGUCUUAUAGGCAAUGAUCACUGUAGGGAUAUUAUUGGACACAUUUGGGCACCCAAGAAUGGUGCGAAUACCGUUUGUGCCUUGGGCAACAAUCAGGACUCUUGUCAGGGGGAUUCGGGUGGACCAUUAAUAUGCCAGAAUGGAAGUGGAGGCGGUAAAUACAUUUAUGGUCUCGUCUCUCACGGUUUGACCUGCGGCAUUAAAGGAAUGCCGAGCAUAUACACGGUAACGAGACCAUAUUACGACUGGGUCCAGCUGCUUGUGCACAAGACCUCACCCUGAUGAAGGUACAUAUACAUAUGUAUAUCCAUAUUGAUACUAUAUAUAUAUAUAUUAGCUGAAUGAUCUUCUGUGCUGGCAUCUUAUAUUUGCAUUAAGAGCAUUUGGUUUAUGAUAAUGAAUUCCGUUUACUUACUUUACCAACUGCUCGUAUUUAUAAUAGAUUUUCUUAUCGAUAUAGUCUCAAUAUCAGAGUCAAUUGUCAGCAUAUCUGCUUUUCUUUGUGUCUAAAAGUCUAUUUUAUUUCUUCAAAAAAAGUGUCUCAUUUUGUUUAAAUUUUGAAGCCGAUUUGAUGGAAUGAUUUCCUCAAAUUUUUCACUAAUUCACAUAGUUUGUUCGCAAAACCUAUCUUCUUCCAUAUGCCUCUCAGCGGGAACUAGAAAUGAUUUUAAAAAUACAGUUUCUUGGUGAUUUUUUCAUAAAAUUCAUCGUAGAUUUUAAUAUUGGUGAAUAA